UCUUACGUUGUCAAGACGACGCAUUGACUUUCAGCCUUUAGUAUAGCGUACGUGUUCUCAACCGAUGCACUUAUUAUUAUCAUUGAUAACAAUUGCCGAGCAAUCAUCGCGCUUGCAAAAAUGUCUUUGUAUUCAACACCUAUUUUGUAUUUAAAUAUGGGAGGCGAGAUGCUGUACGUUUUGCGACAAAGACUAAAGGCACAGAAGAUCGACAUCGACAAGACUGUACAAGUAUUAGAUGAGGUGACUGCUGCCUUGCUUAAUCCUAAAGUACUAUCGCCGAUGUUUGAGGAGUCGCCGAUGAUCGGUAUGCCACAUCUGCGUACUAUCUUGGAGUCCGUCGCGCUCUCGUCCAUCAUGAAACUAGAUGCGAACAGCAUGGACAAACUGUUCGACCUGAUGACCAUGAUGGUGAAGUAUCAGCUGACAGCGGCCAGCGGGCCCAGGGAGAUCGUUCUCAUCAUGCUGAAUCACAUAGACGGAAUGCGCGACAUGGUCAGCGACGUGAACGCGCAAAAGUGCGUUACCCUCGUGCAGGAGAUGGUCGUUGACUUUUACAGCUGCCUGACUUUUGAUGAGAUCUGGAGGGCACGGCAGAGUUGCCUGAGGGGACUGGAAUCGUACAACGUGCGGGUUUCGAUCCUGCUCCGACGGGGUCUGCAGAACGAGGAUGCUAGCUUCAACAUAACGCCGCAGAGGUACGAUGAGAGGUACAUGGAGCACAAGGGCACUCUGGCCACGCUGAAGAUAAAAGACGUGAGCCCCGAAACGUGCUGCGGCGGGUCCUUCGACACCUUCGGGGACAGGAAAACAUUAUUGGGCAAGAACAUAUAUUUGCCAACGUACGGUAUAAUGGAGAACGCAAAGCGGGACAGCCAGCAAUUUUUGAGGGACUGCGGCGUGAAAGCGGAAUUGGGUAUGCUGGCUGUGCAGCUGGGAACCGAGGAAACCAGUUACGAAAGGCCAUUUACGCUGAAUCUGUUGUCGAACGUGGACGAUGAGAAUGUAAAUAAUGCGAAUAACGAAACUGACUCCGAGGGAAAGAGCGUUAAUCAAAAGAAUGCGGAAAACGGGGAACCGAAGUUGAACGAGGACUACAAGGCCAAACUCGACAACGUGUACGCGGAUUUCUUCGAAGACGAGCACGAGGGACUGACACGCAGCAUGGACUUGCUCGAUCUUCUCGACGAGCUCGAGUAGCUUAGGACUACUUCGAUUAACGAGGCAUCACAAAGCAAUUAUUUUUUUCAGAUAUUUUUCCUGCAUAUUUGUACACCGACAUAAAUCUCUGUUACAAAUAAAACUCUGUUACAUACA